AUGCCUGCUGCUAGUUUUGGAUCCAUUUUAGCAAGUACUGUAAAAGAAGAUUGUUCCAUAAAAAAUGUCUGGAAUCAUAAUCUUCACGAAGAGUUUCAUGUUAUUAGACAGAUUGUGCAGAAGUUUCACUGGGUGGCCAUGGAUACCGAAUUCCCAGGAGUUGUAGCAAGACCCAUUGGGGAAUUUAGAUCUACUGCCGACUAUCAGUAUCAACUGUUGAGAUGUAAUGUUGAUCUCCUAAGAAUAAUACAGUUGGGUCUCACGUUUAUGGAUGAAAAUGGCAAAACUCCACCAGGCUGUACUACUUGGCAAUUUAAUUUCAAGUUCAACUUGCAGGAAGACAUGUAUGCGCAAGAUUCAAUUGACCUGCUCCAAAACUCUGGUCUCCAGUUCAGAGAACAUGAGGAACAUGGGAUUGAACCAUUGGAGUUUGCAGAACUUCUGAUGUCCUCAGGUAUUGUUCUAAUGGAUAACAUCAACUGGUUGAGUUUCCAUUCAGGUUAUGAUUUUGGAUAUUUACUCAAAAUCCUAACAGAUUCAAAUCUGCCACAAGAGGAAAAUGAUUUCUUUGAAAGUCUUCGGCUAUAUUUUCCAACUGUUUAUGAUGUGAAAUAUCUAAUGAAGCUAUGCAAGAACCUGAAAGGAGGCCUGCAAGAAGUAGCUGACCAGUUGGAACUUCGCAGAGUUGGACCUCAACACCAAGCUGGUUCCGAUUCACAUCUCACUGGAAUGGCAUUUUUCAAAAUCAAAGAAAUUUUCUUUGAUGGAAAUAUUGAAAGCACAAGUGGUCACCUGUAUGGGCUGGGAGCACCAUUUGCCAGUAAUGUGAAUAAUUUCCAGGACAACAUGGAAAAUGGCAAUUCCCCUUGA